AUGGAAUGUCUGCGACUCGAACAGGCGCAGUCUGAGGCAGAUGAGCAGUAUCAGGCUUGCCAGGAAGCUAUUGGAGUUGGACAUGAGGGGUGGGUGCCUGUUGCACACUAUGACGAAGCAAAAGCGUGCGAGAGAAAAUUGAGAGCGGACGCUCUCGAUGCGGCUGAAACAGAGGAGGAGAGAACAAGGAUUCGAGAAAAUUGGAUUUUCGAUGACUUCAGCGAGGAAGAUUAUACGUGA